AAACAAAACACCCACCUACACCACCAUUUUGGGGAACUCUCUACGGUUGAAGAAGAGUCGUCAGUUUCUAAACAAAGCCGAGCACCUUAACUCAUGAUUGCUGUUUCAGGUAUGCAAACACAACCACCAACCACUCUCUAAUUCAUUCCCUAAUCAUUAGGAAUCAUAAACACCAGCAGAUGUUAACAUGGGUUUGUUGUCUGAAUCGUUUUUUCACAUCUGUUUCUGGUUGCUAUGAGGUUGUUCUGUGCAUCAUGGAAUUGGGGUGUCAGGAAAUGCUGGAAGUCUUUUCCUUUCUGUCUUUUUUUGGUUUUGAAGAUUUGGGAUGAGCAAAUUCCUGUCAGUUCUAAAGUUUAUGAAAAGGGUGUUCUCUUUUGUUUCUUUCUUCACGGCAUCUAACUCCAUUUCUGUUUUUCUUUUAGUAAAAAAUGAAAAUUUGGGUUUUUGGAUAAUCAAGGAAGAAACUUUAUUGAAACAGGGUUGGUUCAAGAGAUGAUCUUUUAGUUUAGUUGUUGUUAUCCCUUUGCUUGGUUCUCUAGCUAGUCCCUUUUCUAUGGAUUUAAAUGAAUAUACGGACCUAUGUUUUUGUUUUCUUCAUUUUAGGUGUGAAAUUCAAUUUUGGUUGGUUGGUUACUUUUGCGUCUUUAAUUUGGUUGGUUGUUUACUACUUGUGUUUAAUAUGCUUGUAUAAUAAUAAUAAUUAUUAUUUUAUAUUUGAUAUACUUGUUUUUUAUGGUUUCCAUUAAAUUUAUAUUUGUAUG